CAAUCACCAUCACUCGCUCACUCCAACAAACAAAACUUCACUCUUCUUCAUCCUUCAAUCUUCAAUCACAACAUCAAUUCAACCUUAUUCUUAAAGUUCCAUUUCAUUCAUUCAUUUCCAGAAUGGGAAUUUCAUUGAACAACAACAACAAUGGUUCAGUGUCUCCACAACACUACCACAUCCACAAGGCCUUCCUUUUCAGCAACUACAUCCUCUUAGGUGCAGCCUCCAGCUGCAUCUUCCUCACUCUCUCCCUCAGGCUCCUACCUUCCCUUUGCGGCUUCUUCCUUAUCCUCCUCCACGUCUUCACCAUCGUCGGUGCCGUCUCCGGUUGCGCGGCCGUCUCGGCCGGCAUCAGCCGAUGGUACUCUGCCCACAUGAUCUUCACCGUCCUCACCGCCAUAUUCCAAGGCUCGGUUUCUGUCUUGGUCUUCACAAGAACUUCUGAUUUUCUUGGACAGUUGAAAUCUUAUGUUAGAGAAGAGGAUGGUUCUGUGAUUCUCAAGUUGGCUGGUGGACUUAGCAUCUUGAUUUUCUGCUUGGAAUGGAUGGUUAUGACUCUUGCAUUUUUCCUCAAGUACUAUCAUUAUGUUGAAGGUGAGAAUCAUCAUGGUGGCGCCAUUGUUGCUGUGAGGAGUAAUAAGGUUCAGAAUGAAGAGGAUUUGAAGGAUUGGCCAUGGCCUUUCCAAGUUUAAUUAAGUCACUGAUUGAUGAUAAGUGAUAACAUUGCAAUCUGCAAUGGUGUGCCUAUUAUUGUUCUAGUGCUUCUAUAUUAUAUGACUAGUAUUAUUCAUUAAUUCGUUUUUUUUCUUGGAGAAUUUGAUGCUUUUUUCUCCAAUAAUAGAAUGAGGGUGUGUCUUGUGAUUUGAUAUAAUCUUUUUUGGUUAGUAUGUCAAAGUGUGAGUAUCCUUAUCAUAAUGUAAUUAAUGGUGUGGGAUAUAUUUAUUUUU